AUGGCAUCAUCUCUUCCUCAGUUCACCGAUUUCACAUUUUCCAGCGAGACUUCUUCUCAGUUUCACGGCUCUUCUUCAUGUCCUGACUUCUCAGCUCUAUCCAACUACGUCGGCGACAGUUACCAUUCCUUCAACACAUCUUCUAACCAAGAAUCCACAUUUUUUCCCCAAGUUUUUGGCAUUUCUGAUAUUUAUAUGCCGGAGUACAAUAAAUAUUACCAGAAAAUGGAUGUGAAUAAUGCCACACAAUAUUUUCAUGGUGGAGAUCAAGAAUACUACGGCUAUUCACCGGAGAUCAUGCCCUUGUUCUGUCAGUCCUCUGGAGAGAAUUCCUGGGGAAACAUUGAAGGAGGGAUACAAGCUGAGCCGAACACAAAAGUGGGACGAUACUCGGUUGAAGAACGUAAAGACAGAAUCAUGAGGUACUUGAAGAAGAAGAACCAACGCAACUUUAAUAAGACCAUCAAGUAUGUAUGUCGUAAAACCCUAGCUGACCGGCGUGUUCGUGUUAGAGGUCGAUUUGCCAGAAACAACGACACAUGUGAACAACAAUCUCACAUGUCUAAGAAUCACAACAACUAUUCUAAAAAGGAAGAAGAUAUAUUUUCUCGAUCAGACGACUAUUUUCAGAUGAAAAACGACGAUGGAUGGCUUCACGAAGCAGUGUCUAAUCUGAUUUAUUUUCCUUGUGAACUGGACGCUCCUAGUGAUGCUCAUCAUCCAACCACAUGA